CAGUACGACUCGGUGCUCGAACGGGACAGAGAGACACGCGAUAGCGCGAUAGCCCAGCCAGGCCCUCAAGGCCCUAUCCUUGAAGUCCACCGCGUCGAGUCGCGCAGCGUAGCGCCGUGUUCGCGCCGUGUAGCGCCGCGUGGCCUAGGUCUGUGCGUUUGUGGGUGCCUGCCUGCUUGCUUUGGAUUUGUGCGGCGAGCAGCCGAGUCCCCGGGCGAAGGGUGUCGAGCGGCAGUUGACAUGAUGGUGUCGCGGGGCGCGCGCUGGCCGCGGGCCCUACUGCUGGCGGCGCUGGCGCUGCUGUUGAUGGCACAGCUCACAGAUUCAGCUACCGGCGUGCGCCGGAGGCUGCGAAGGCCCACCAAUCACAAGACGUCCUCGCCGAGCACCAGCGCCGACCAGGAGCCGUCCGCCUCGGUGAACCGCUUCAAGGUGCGCAGCCGCCUCAACGCCGCCGCCGCUGGGGCCGGGGCCGCCGCGGCCACCGGCGCCGUCGUGGCCGCCUCCAGGAAGUCCGCCACCGUGACCAGCGUCGCGGCGCCAGACAGCUCCGGCUACAAGGUGGUGUGCUACUACACCAACUGGUCGCAGUACCGGCCCAAGGUGGGCAAGUUCACGCCCGAGGACAUCGGCGCCGACCUCUGCACGCACGUCAUCUUCGCCUUCGGCUGGCUCAAGAAGGGCAAGCUGUCCUCGUUCGAGUCCAACGACGAGACCAAGGACGGCAAGGUGGGCCUGUACGAGCGCAUCAUGACCCUCAAGAAGGCCAACCCCAAGCUCAAGGUGCUCCUGGCCAUCGGUGGCUGGUCCUUCGGCACACAGAAGUUCAAGGACAUGUCCAAGUCGCGCUACGCCCGCCAGACCUUCAUCUACAGCGCCAUCCCCUUCCUCCGCGCCAGGGACUUCGACGGCCUGGACAUGGACUGGGAGUACCCCAAGGGCACCGACGACAAGAAGAACUUCGUGCUGUUGCUCAAGGAAUUGCGUGAAGCUUUCGAGGCGGAGGCCCAGGAAGUGAAGAAGCCCCGACUCCUGCUCACCGCCGCCGUCCCCGUCGGCCCGGACAACGUCAAGGGAGGAUACGACGUGCCCGCCGUCGCCAGCUACCUGGACUUCAUCAACCUGAUGGCGUACGACUUCCACGGCAAGUGGGAGCGCGAGACCGGCCACAACGCGCCGCUGUACGCGCCGUCCUCGGACUCCGAGUGGCGCAAGCAGCUGAGCGUGGACUACGCCGCCAACCUGUGGGUCAAGCUGGGCGCCCCCAAGGACAAGCUGGUCAUCGGCAUGCCCACCUACGGACGCUCCUUCACGCUCACCAACACCAAGCAGUGGAAGGUCAACAACCCGGCGUCCGGCGGCGGCAAGGCCGGCGAGUACACCAAGGAGGCGGGCUUCCUGGCCUACUACGAGGUGUGCGAGAUGCUCAAGACGGGCGCCAGCUACGUGUGGGACGACGAGAUGAAGGUGCCGUACGCCGUGCAGGGUGACCAGUGGGUCGGCUUCGACGACGAGCGCUCCAUCCGCAACAAAAUGACCUGGAUCAAGGACAACGGCUUUGCCGGCGCCAUGGUGUGGACCGUGGACAUGGACGACUUCACCGGCACCGUGUGCGGCGGCGGCGUCAAGUACCCCCUGAUCGGCGCCAUCCGCGAGGAGCUGCGCGGCGUGUCCAGAGGCCCCAACGCCAAGGACGUGGACUGGAGCAAGGUCGCCAACACCAUCGUCGAGGAGAAGCCCCCCGCGGCCGUGGCCAUCCCCGUGUCCGAGGUCAUCGCCAAGGUGCGCAAGCCCACCAAGCAGCAGACGGCCACCGCCACCCAGACCGAAGUCGUCGACCCCAACGUGCGCGCGCCCCAGGUGUUCUGCUACAUGACCAGCUGGUCCCAGAAGCGCCCCGGCGCCGGCAAGUUCACGCCGGAGAACAUCGACGCCACGCUCUGCACGCACGUCAUCUACGCCUUCGCGACGCUCAAGGAGCACAAGCUGGCCCUGGCCGAGGAGAAGGACGGCGACAUGUACGAGCGCGUGGUCGCCCUCCGCGAGAAGAACCCCAACCUGCAGAUCCUGCUGGCCAUCGGAGGCUGGGCGUUCGGCUCCACCCCCUUCAAGGAACUCACCAACAACGUGUUCCGCAUGAACCAGUUCGUCUACGAGGCCAUCGAGUUCUUGCGCGAGUACAAGUUCAACGGUCUGGACGUCGACUGGGAGUACCCCAGGGGCGCUGACGACCGCGCCGCCUACGUGAACCUGCUCCGCGAGUUGCGCCUGGCGUUCGAGGGCGAGGCCAAGAGCGCCAACCUGCCCCGCCUGCUCCUCACCGCCGCCGUCCCCGCCUCCUUCGAGGCCAUCGCCGCCGGCUACGACGUGCCCGAGAUCUCCAAGUACCUGGACUUCAUCAACGUGAUGACCUACGACUUCCACGGCCAGUGGGAGCGCCAGGUCGGCCACAACAGCCCCCUGUUCCCGCUGGAGAGCGCCACCAGCUACCAGAAGAAGCUCACCGUCGACUUCAGCGCGCGCGAGUGGGUGAAGCAGGGCGCCCCCAAGGAGAAGCUCAUGAUCGGCAUGCCCACGUACGGACGCUCCUUCACGCUCGUGGACCCCACCAAGUUCGACAUCGGCGCGCCCGCGUCCGGCGGCGGCACCCCCGGCAAGUACACUGGCGAGGCCGGCUUCAUGUCCUACUACGAGGUGUGCGACUUCCUGCACGGCGACAACACCACGCUGGUGUGGGACAACGAGCAGCAGGUGCCGUUCGCCUACCGCGACGACCAGUGGGUUGGCUUCGACGACGAGCGCAGCUUGAAGACUAAGAUGACGUGGCUCAAGGACGAGGGCUUCGGCGGCAUCAUGAUCUGGUCCGUCGACAUGGACGACUUCCGGGGCUCUUGCGGCACCGGCAAGUACCCGCUCAUGACGGCCAUGCGCCAGGAGCUGGACGGCUACAAGGUCAAGCUGGAGUACGAGGGCCCCUUCGAGGGCACGGGCACCGGGCCCGGCGCCUACACCACCAAGGACCCCAACGUGGUGACCUGCGAGGAGGAGGACGGGCACAUCUCGUACCACCCCGACAAGGCGGACUGCACGCGCUACUACAUGUGCGAGGGCGAGCGCAAGCACCACAUGCCCUGCCCGGCCAACCUCGUGUUCAACCCCAACGAGAACGUGUGCGACUGGCCCGAGAACGUGGAGGGCUGCAUGCACCACACCCAGGCGCCGCCCACCAGAAGGAGAUAGGCGGCGCGCCACCUAGCGCCACGCAGCGCCGCGCAGCCCAGCGCAGUCCAGGGAACUCCAACGGGAACGGGUCACUGAGGCGACGGCGGGGCCGCCCCCGCCCCGUCGGGACUUGCACUGAGAGGGAUCUGUCAGUGACUCGGCUCGGCCUCCCCCAAGGGGCAGGUGAGAAGCUGGGAAGCUCUCGCCCCGUGGGGAGGAAAGAAAAAUUCGGAAGAAAAUAUGAAAAAAAAGGGAGAACCGUGUGUGCUGUGCACACAUAAAAGACGUCCUCUGUGAGAACUGUUUCUUGUGAUUUGUUCGGGGGCGCACGCCACUUUAAAAGUAUAAUGACUGCGUACCUUGUGCCACACCAUAUGCCGGUGAUGGACGUGUCCAGUGUGAUGGGAGGAAAGUUGCUUUGGAAUUUUGGGUUGUUUUCUAAAAACAUAGAAAAUACGUUUUGGAUCAUCUGUGAUUAAUUUCCAUUUACUCACUUAAAUUAUUUCACGCACUAUGAUAAGGAGGAAAGAUAAAUGUUUACACUAAGAAUUUCUAAAUGUUAUGACUGGAUAUAACACAUGUCAAAGGAUGAAGGAUUCUACUCCACUGCCUAGUUUGUUUCCAUUCAAAAGAGGGAGCGUCCUACAAUCCUCCUUGCGCACAAAUGCAGAUAUUUAUUGAGAAUGUGUGAAGUUGAUAAACUAAAAUUGUUUCUGAAGAAAUGUUUUUAGUUUUUCAUGUAUAAUUCAAUAAGCCCUGAACAAGUACAUGUACAAAUAAUUGCUGACUGGUAGAAAAGGUACGAAGCCCGCCAUGGUUUUUGGUGUAUUUAGAUUCUAUGCAUUGUUUCUCGAAGAAUGAUAGGAUGUACAAGUACUAAAUCUUUCAACAAAUAUUUCUGCUGUUAUUUCAUUCAAGUUACCAAUUAUUGUGAAGACUUUUCCUAAACUUUAUGGAACUGGGUGAGAUGAUUUAAAAUUUAUUAGAUGAAUAAUCUAAUUCAUCGAUACAAUAUGUUUGGUUGAGUCAGAGAAUGUCCAGUUUCAUUGUGUUUUCACAAGAUCAAGUAACAAAUGUAUUGUGAUCUGUUCAGAAAAUUGUAUGAGGAACGAUGACGUGAGGAAUGCCACUUAUUAGAAUGAUAUUUUAAUCUAUGGUCAUGUCUUUACACAUAUUUAUUUGAGGUGAAAUCUAAUCUUCCAAAAUGUAUUAUACAUUAAUUUGCUAACAGACUAUGUAUCGGCAAGGAUGUUUCUUGGCCUUGCAAGUAGUCUGGAGUUUGGCUCUUGGGAAAAGAAAAAGCUCUGUGAUUCACAGCAGAAUUUUUAUAUUUGUAUUAAUUUGUUUGCAAUCGUCUCAUUGGCUUAUGACAGAUAAAAGUAUUGAUCUGAUAUUUUGUUGCUAUAAUAGGAUAUUUUUUUACUGAUUUUUUUUAAGGAAUAGGAGAUGAUGCUUGAGUUUGCUAAGCUAUUACAUGCCUUAUGUAGACACUGAGCAAAACAUUGAGGAAAAUUGAAAAACAUUAGCUGGAUUAGUUGUAAAAUUUCUUAAGUGUAAGAAACUGUAUAUAAUGUGUAUUUUACACAAUAAGAAUAAACAAAGAAAA